CACACAACCAAGUCUGCCAUCAGUAGACAAGUUCAUCAAGCUUAGAACCUUAACUGAUAAAACAAGACACAGGACUACACCACAAUGACAGGUGACACAAAAUACUUUCCAAAUAUGACAGAGUCUGACAGAGUGCAGAAUCAAACCUGUGACUGUUCGAUCGAUGAAUUCAAACGUGCGGUGUUCCCGGUUGCCUACUUGCUCAUUUUCCUCAUGGGCCUGACAGCUAACUGUGCUUCCCUUUGGGUCUUUCUGAGAAUGUGCAGAAAAGGCAGAAGGUUAACCACAGUAAAUCUGUACAUGGUGAACCUCUUGGUGUCUGAUCUCAUGCUGGUGUGUACCCUGCCACUCAGAGCAGCAUACUACCUGCUGGACUCUUAUUGGCCCUUUGGGGACAUUGCCUGUCGUCUGGCCUCCUAUGUGUUCUACAUCAACAUGUACGGUUCGGUCUACUUUCUGCUGGCCUUGAGUGUCAUUCGUUACAUGGCUGUGUCUCACCCCUUUAAGUUCCUGAGGCUGGAUAAUGGACCCUGGGGGUGGGUGGGGUGUGUCCUCAUCUGGGUCUUUGUGUCGCUGGUCUCGGCCCCCUUACUGAGCUCAGGGAUCCAGAAGGGUGAGGGAGGGAAGAUCCACUGCCUGGAACUCGGCAAAAUGGGGCUCGACACGAUGAUCAUCCUAAACAGUGCUGCCUUUGUGGUGGGCUUUGCCCUGCCGUUUGUUGUCAUUUCUGUCUGCUACAUGUGUGUGUUACGUAGCCUGUGCCAGCCUAGGGCUGGCAGGGAUGGCAACAGACCCUCCAGACGAAAGUCUUUCGCCCUUGUUGGUCUUGGACUCUUGAUUUUUGUGGUCUGUUUCUUGCCAUACCAUGUGGUGAGAACUAUCUUCCUGGAGGCUGAACAAAAUGCACAGAAAAACGGGUGUCGGGACCCAUGCAGUGGGAUCAAUGGUAUUCGUAAGGCUGCCGUGGUUACGCUGUGUCUAGCUGCUGGGAACAGCUGCCUCGACCCUUUCCUUUUCUUUUUUGUGGGAGAAAACUUCAGAGAUAUCUGCAUGAGAAAAGCUCGGAGAUCGGGAAUUGUAGAAAGACAAGCUGAGGCUCAAGAAUUGCAAGUUGUGGAAUUAACUGAAAUGAUGGUCUGACAAUAGCUUGAAAAAGUUUAUUUUUUAUUAUUAUUUUUU